AGCACCGGGCCACCACCGGCAAUAAAAUACGCUCGGGAAGCUGAACGGGGGGCGGCGGACGUUUCCAGAACUCUCGCCCGCGCCUUCGCGAAACUUCGUCGCCACAUCACCUCACCCGCUCCAGAUUAAACAACGCCUCCCCGCCCCACUCCCCAGCGAAGGCCUCGCGGCCACCUCUUCCAGAACCGUCUGGAAUGUUCGGCGCCGACGCCGGGCGCCCGCCAUACGUGGGGCCUCGCGCCUGCCCGUGGCGGUCCGCGUGUGCUUGCCUACUGGUAGAACGUCCCCCGACGAGGCGACGACGCCGUAUAUACCCGCCUCAAGUACAAAGGGAAAGCUACUCGCCGGGCACCUCAACUGGGGAGACUGUACUUUCCGGUCUCUGGUCCUUCACGCUCUAGGCUUCAGUUUAGACGUUCUCUAAUCGGGAAGGCCAUUUUCAGAUCGAGCUAGUUCAGCCGAGGCGUUUUUUUCAGCCAAAGAUCGCCAUCUUUUGGACCUGCUCUUGAUUCGUUCGUUUGGAUUGUUUGAUUCGUUUCGACUUUCCUUUGCUCCUCUGCUCCGUCAAGCGGACCUCCUCUGUUUUUCGGCCAUUGCUCGGUCGCGUUUGUUUGUUUGUUUGUUUGCUUGUUCGGUUUGUUGGUGCGGCCAUGGAUCCCUUCCACGGCGGCAUUGUGAAGGAGGAGGAGUUCGACUUCGACUUCGACUUCACCGGCGUUUCUGCGGGGGACGCGGCGGUGGCGGCGGCGGCGUCCUCGUGGGCCGUCGCCUUGCCGGAGCUGCCCCGGCCGAUGGAAGGACUCGGCGAGGUGGGCCCCACCCCAUUCCUGACCAAGACCUACGACGUCGUGGACGACCCCAAUACCGACACCGUCGUCUCCUGGGGGUUCGCCGGCAACAGCUUCGUGGUCUGGGACGCUAACGCCUUCGCCACGGUGAUCCUCCCGCGCUACUUCAAGCAUAGCAACUUCUCCAGCUUCGUCCGCCAGCUCAACACCUACGGGUUCAGGAAGGUUGACCCGGACAGGUGGGAGUUCGCGAACGAGGGGUUCCAGCGUGGCCAGAAGGAGCUCCUGAGAACGAUCAAGCGCCGGCGCCCGCCGUCGAGCCCGUCGGCGCAGCAGGGGCAGGCGCCAUCGUCGUGUCUGGAGAUGGGACGAUUCGGGCUCGACGGCGAGGUGCACCGGCUGCAGCGCGACAAGCGCAUCCUGCUCGCGGAGGUGGUGAAGCUGCGGCAGGAGCAGCAGGCGACGCGCGCGCAGAUGCAGGCCAUGGAGGAGCGCAUCACCACGGCGGAGCAGAAGCAGCUGCAGAUGACGGUGUUCCUGGCGCGCGCCUUGAAGAACCCGAGCUUCAUCCGGAUGCUGGUCGACCGGCAGGGCCUUGGUGGCCGCCGUAGGGAGCUCGAGGACGCGCUCUCCAAGAAGCGCCGCCGCCCCAUCGAGUACCACCUCCCGCCCGACGGCGAGAGCAGCGGCACCGCUACGGAGGCGGCGGUGAACGACUACAUUUGCGGCCUUCCGGUCGGCGUUAAUGGCGUGGCGGAGGCGGACGACGACGGGAGCCGGCUGGAGGGGAGCGGCGGCGGCGGGGACACGGAGAGCUUCUGGGUGGAGUUGCUCAGCCUCGGCCUGGAGGAGAAGCACCUGGAGGGCGGCGGCGGCAGCGAGGAGGGGAGCGGAGCUGACGUGGACGACGACGUGGAUGUGCUGGUGCAGAGCAUCUACCACUUGAACCCGAACCCGGGCAGCCCCAGUGGGAAGUGAAAGUUCCAGAACGUUCCAUAUUCCAGAACCCACUAUGGUCUAUGGAAGCUCCCAGUGGGCACUGCAAGUAGGCGAUAGUUUUUUAUCCGGCGCCUGACUUUUUGUCGCGGGCUGUGUGCAAGUUGCAAAAGUUGCGGUUGGCCGGUUGCCAAGGAAUGUUCAGGAAGCUCGUCGGACUACGAAGUUUCUAGAAGAUGGAGCAGCAAGGCUCCAGCCUACUGUACUAUCAGUGGCAAGUUAGAUUCUGACUAGAUCAGGAUGAAGCAAAGGCACUUUCCAAAUGUGGCUGAUGGUGCCAUUAUUCU